AUGGAAAGCAGUGUUUGGCCUCGUGCUGCUGGAUAUAGAUCACAGAACGAUGAACAUAGAGCCCACAAUUUUUCUAAGCAUGAGACGUCGUGUGACAGCGUGGUGAAGAAGGGUCCAAAGGCUAGGAUCGGGAUUUGGGAUCCGGGUCAGGUCGGGGUGACGGUGACUCUUCCUCAGCUACUAAAUCUGGCAAACUUGAGAGCCCGCUCGUCGUUUAGGCCUGAUGGGGCCCGCAGUUUCGACGGCGACGACGACCGUCAUCUGAGAUCUUGGCGUCGCAAACUCCUCUCCUCCCUCACCGCCGUCAAACUCAAGCUCACCUGGACCUCCGCCUUCAGAUUCGCCCUCCUCCUCUUCCUCCUCGCCGCCAUUGCCACCGCCUGCAUUUCCCUCCCAAUCGAAAAGAGUUUGAAGGAUUUCUUGUUAUGGAUUAAGCAGGAUCUUGGACCUUGGGGUCCACUUGUUUUGGCUGUCGCAUACAUUCCUCUCACCGUGCUGGCAGUUCCGGCUUCUGUACUUACUCUUGGUGGAGGUUAUCUUUUUGGUUUGCCCGUGGGAUUCAUUGCAGACUCUAUCGGUGCAACAUUAGGUGCAACAGCGGCAUUCAUUCUUGGAAGAACAAUUGGAAGAUCUUAUGUUAUUUCCAAACUAAAGCAUUAUCCAAAGUUUCAAGCUGUUGCUGUUGCCAUUCAGAGAUCUGGUUUCAAGAUAGUUCUUCUGCUGCGGCUUGCUCCUUUGCUUCCAUUUAACAUGCUGAACUACCUACUCUCUGUGACUCCUGUUCACAUAGGGGACUAUAUGCUGGCAACUUGGUUGGGAAUGAUGCCGAUCACAUUUGCACUGGUAUAUGUUGGUACAACUCUUAAGGAUCUUUCAGAUGUUACACAUGGAUGGAAUGAAGUUUCAACAACUCGUUGGGUGUUUAUAGUACUUGGUUUUGGAAUAUCCGUGAUUCUUCUGAUUUGCAUUAGUAAAGUUGCAAAGGCUUCUUUGGAAAAAGCACUGGCUGACAAUGCUGAAAUAGAAGGGAUAUUCUCGUCUUCAACGCUGCCCAUUGUAGCAGGAAUGAACUAUAUAAAGGAGUAAAAGAGAAGAAAAUUUCUCCCACAGCAUUCGUGUACAGCAGCCGCACCCACUUUGUUUGCCAUUCCAAUUGUACCGAACAGUUCUUAGCAAUUAAUUGAAUGCGUAAAUGAUCAUUUUCAAGUUCAA